CGUCCUUCCUGGUUCCUAAAGAUACAGGCUCCAAGGCCACUCUCCAGAAAUAAUGUCCAAGAAGAGCAGAAGAGCCAAGGAUGCGGUUUCCCAAGAGGCCACGGAUAAAGGCGUCACCUUCACAUCCCCCAGCUCCUGGGUCAGUGGGAGAAAAGCUGUGGGUCAGGUGAGCAGCGUUCCCUCAUCCGGUGCCCCAUCAAGAAGAGGGACAAGCCGAACCUCAGAAAGACCCAACACAGAAGCUGCCGCAUUCAGCCUCCAGGGCCUCCUGGCUGCCCGGCGGCUCACCAGGGAGCUCAAGAAUCGGACGACUUCAAGAACACCACUCAGACUCCAGCCAAGCCAGCCCAGGCCCAUCAGCACCAUCCAGGAGCAGGCUCUCUUGUGGUCAGCCCAGCCCAAGGUGAAGUUCCCCCACCUGCAGGCAGAGGAGCUGAUGCAAGCCCACCUGCCCAGCAGGCUGGCUGGGGUGGCCUACCACCCAGCCCAGUGUGCCCACCUGGCUGUGGUGCUGAGUGCUGAGAUUCGGGACCUGGUCAAGGCUGUCACUCCACCCCGCUACAGGCUGGUCUGCUCUGUCAGCAUUGGGAGCAAGGGGCAGGAUGAUGUGAUGGUCUCCAGCCAGAGCCUAUGGGACCCACAUGCAGACAGCUUUGCUGCCUCUCACUACGUGAGCCCCACUCUCUUCUGCGUGGCACUGGUUCACGCCAUCUAUCUGGAAUGACGCGGAUGGGAUGAGGGGUUUAAGACUGAUUGAGGCCUUGUGCUGCGCCUGUCCCCCAAAAACCGCAGCCCCAAUCCAUUAGUUAGUGAUCUAGACCAGCACUCACCCAUGCUAGACUAGCUAGCAGCUUCCAUAACUCAGGGUUAAUUAAAAUGCAAAAGGGAGUAAGUUGUGCCCCCCUCUGCCCCCCUUCUCCCACCCUUACCCCAGGCCACCCAAACUGCUGAGUUCCUCUGCCUCUGGCUGUAAGUAUGUCAGCCGCGUGCAGAGCCGCGUGCAGCUCCCAGCUGGUACAGAUCAGAAGUUCCGAGGGGC